CUUCAUUGAACUUGCGCAUUCACAUUUUGGGCAUCGUGCUGCGGAAGUUGAACACCCCAAAUUUUCCUUUUACCGUCAACAUGGCCCCUAAGAAGAAGCCAGCAACGACUGCCCCUAAAGCUGAAGAGCCCCUGAAAGAGAAAAAAGCAGAGAAGAAACCUGCUGCUAAAAAACCAGCAGAUAAGAAAAAAUCUGAUAAGAAGCCAGUUAAAAAAGGCAAAGAUGCCAACUUAAAACCUGUAAAAACAAAACAGACCGGUAAACCUGGCUCAGCUAAAGAAAAGGCUCUAAGUGCCAAAAAGGCAGCGCUCAGAGGUGUCAACCAAAAACGAAUCCGAAAGGUUCGAACAACGCCUUCAUUCAAGAGACCCAAAACCCUCAAGUUGCCCCGAGCUCCUAAAUAUCCCAGAAGUCUGACAACAAAAAGGGGUCUAGAUAAAUACAAGAUUGUAAAAUAUCCUCUUACAACUGAAACAGCCAUGAAGAAAAUAGAAGAUAAUAAUACAUUAGUUUUUAUUGUGGACAGACGUGCCAAUAAAUAUACUAUUAGUAAUGCUGUUAAAGCUUUAUAUUCAAUUGAAGUGGCUAAAGUUAAUACUUUAAUCAGACCUGAUGGAGAAAAGAAGGCUUAUGUACGACUUCCAUCAGAUUAUGAUGGUUUAGAAAUUGCCAGUAAAAUUGGUAUAAUCUAAGGAGGAAGCUUGUAAAACUAAAAAAAAUAAACAAAUAUAAAAAAAAAACCUACCGUUGUUGUUGUAUUAAAUACAAAUUAAAC